CUACCUCCUUUGUCAUCAAUGGGCUACGGACGAGUCCAAGUUUACGUUAACGGGGGAAUCCGGAUGCCGUCUCGCGAUUGUGAAAUGGAUUUUUUUGGGUAAAUUAGUUGAAUUGUUAGGAAUUUUUAUACUGUUUUAGUUUUUUUCGAAGGAAUGGAGAGGAUUUCGAGUGAAAUUCGAGAAAUGUGCGAACAUUUUUAAUUGGUAUUUAUAGUGGUUGAAUUGAUAGUAAUAAUGGACCGUUCCAUAGUGUAGUUCAGCUGACUUGGUGUAGUGAGUUCUGAGUAAAAAGUAGUAGUACGGCCGGUAUCACAGUAGGUGGAGGUUGAAAGAUUGCCAACGGGUUGGAUAAAAAUCAACAUUUUUUCGGCUUAAUAUCUGGUUAACUACGAUGAAAAUUGGAGUUUUCAGUGGUUUCUAGUGCAUUUUCGGGAAUAAUAACAGCUUCACAGUGGCGGCCAACACGGGAAGCGGCUCACGCAAAGAAAAUAUGCUCAAAUUUCUAACACACAAAUUAAGGACUCAUUCCAUAAAUGAGGAUAAUCACAACGGGAAGGCUGAUGAAGAUCAUGAUUCUGGCACCGAAUCUGACGAAGAAAUCGACGCUGCGAUAUCAGUUCAGACUUCGAUCUCAGACCGUAUCAGCACCGUAUCGCCGGCAGAUACAGGGUGCUCGAUGGAAAGUCCAGCGCCCGAUCAACACGACGCUCACAGUUCAGAAGAAGAGUUGGAAGUCAUCAAUAGUAACAGUAAAAUGAGGCGGACGGGGUCCACCAGCCGCCCAUUGAGGGCGGCCUCUGUGUGUCUGGCUGAGAAAAGGAAGUGGUCACAAAUCGGGGAUGCCCAAAACCGGAGGUAUACCCCCGAAAACGAAGAAAAUAUGUCUCACUACAGCAACUUAUCCCCCUCCCCUUGUUCUCCCUACCACUUGAAAUGCUGUAGUAAUGAAGAUGGAGGCGUUCAUAUUGAACAUUCCGGUUCUUCAGAUGACGAGGUUCACAAUUAUCUAACGACGCGGGCGACUCCUGUGCAAUUCCGCACGUCUCCGCCACUGGAGGCGGUGAAACCGGAACGCCGGACGGUGGUAGAGAAGGGUAGGUCCAUGAGCCCUCCGGCCAAACUUCUCCAUUACGAGGAUUCGCCCAGGAAAAGGACCAGGCACAUGAAGCACGCGCAUACUCAGAGGCCAUAUCUCGAUUUUGAAAAAAUGCAACAGAUGAAAACCAGAUCUGUUACCGCCUGGCGUCACACAGCCGAUCACACGGGCGAACUAUCAGUGUUCUGUUGGUGAGAUCAGCUUAAGGGGCGAUCUCCGUCGCCCUCCGGCUUAAGCGAUUCUCCCAAGGAGGGCAGCAGCAGCUUCUCGCCGCCAUCUUGGCCAGAACAUAGCUCUUCAUAGUCUACUGAUAUUUUAACCAAAAACUAAACAAACAAAAAAAAAACUACAAAAAUCACUAAACCAAAAGCACUGAGAGUUGGAUUGAUUGGUUGGUCGGUUAGCCAGGAAUCCAGUUUGGUUUUGGCGAUUUCGAAGGAUCUCUGUUGAAGCGGUUUUGAAGUGGUACUUGGAUUAAAAGUUUUGUGAUCGUAAGCCGUCAUUACAAGCGUGAGAAAAGUACAAUGAGUUUAACCCAAUGUCCAAAGUUGUCUCAAAGAAACAGCCAUUGUCUGUUGUGGUCUAAUUUGAUCAAAAUAUAUAAGAAAUAUAUUUUAUCGAGCUAAGUUUUCAUGGGUAUUACUCUCGUAAUGGCGACUCUUCAAAUGGUUCUAUUUCGGGAGGUUAGAAUGGCUCGAAAUGUUGAUUGGAAGGAAAUACAGCAUCGAAAAGAUUUUUUCACAAACCAUAUAGUUUUGUAAUUUUAUAUGAAUUCAGUAACGUAAAGAGUGGUAGCGAAAAAUAAUAAUAGACAACUACGAAGAACAUUUUAAACUAAAAAGCAGAUUUUGCAUACAAAUUUCCAAUAAAUUAUACAGGGUGUUUCAGAGUAAUUUAAUUUCAUUUAGCAGCAUAUUUCUCUAUUUUUUUUAAUUUUACUUUGUGUCUCAUCUUUAAUUGAGUUUCCCUUAUUUGUGGUUACUAAUAAUAUUUAUAUACUUUUUUGAAAUCUAUGAAAUGGAAAUUUGUUUAGUAGAAAGGAAGACUAUUUUGUCUCGAAAGUUAAAUCUGAAGAUCUUCAAUAUUCAAAAGGACUGUUUUAUUUCCUUGUACAGUAUGUUUCCAAUUGUCUAAAUAUUCAAAUGCCCUAAAUAUCUUAAAUGUCCCAAAAUGUCCUUGACGUAAUGGCUUUUCCAGAUACCUCAUUUUGUAUCGCCAUUUGCCUCCUAUUUAAAUAUCCAAUGGCAUAUUAAUAAAAUGUUGUUCUAGAUUCUAGGAACACCCUGUAUAGAUCGAAAUGGAGGAUAUUUCGGAAUGCUCUACUUUCGUACAUAUUCACUAUUUUUCCUAAAAAUUUAGAUCUAUCGCAUUUAUAAGGGCUGCUUUUUAAAACUCUCAACAAGAAGAACAACAAAAAAAACUUGUAACAUAUUUUUAUAUAAAAUAUAUAUAUAUAUAUAUAUUUACGUAGAAGAAAAUUUUUGUCGUAAAAAAACGCGACGUUUCUAAUAAUUAAUAAGAAUAAUAAUAAUAAUAAAAAUUAAAUUAACGAUAACUGAAAUGUCUUUCCUUGUUUACGUACGAAUUUGGAACUCGAAUUAUCGAUGAUUGUCCGAAACAAGUUCGACACGGUAUUUUCUUUUUUUGUUCGGUUUAAAAAUUACAAAAUGACAUUUUUAUAAAACUGUGAAUGUACGUUUAGCAUAAAAAAAAUGAUAGAUCUCGGUGUUUUUAAGUAGAUAUGUAUUUAGUUUACAGUUUUUUUUUUUAAUAUUAGUCAUAAUAGUCUUCAUUGGUGGGUUGUUUUGAAAGAGAAUAAAUUGACGUUUUUUCAGAUGUCAACGUGGUACGCCAUCUGUCAAGAGAUUCGAUUGACAGUUGACACGGAAUUACAAUUCCUACUUGCAAGUUUAACCGUCGGUACAAAACAAUUGACAACUAACACAAUACAAAUAAAUAGGCAGUUGGUAUAAUUCAAAUUACACUAAAAGAUCUUCAUUAAUUAAAAAAUUUAUGACAAAUUACAUAAUUAAUUAACAAAUUACAUAAAUUAAUGGAUAAAUUUCUUGAUUAAUUGACAAAUUACAUAAUUGACAAAAUUGCUAUUAAUAAAUAAAUAACCACUCUAACUGUACAACAACGAAAAACAGUGACCUGUUAAUCUUCUUCUUUGUUCCACUAAAGAGUUUACAAGAAUGAAAGACAGUGGCGUACAAAUAUCACGUAAUAAUCAUUCUCUUGUUGAUAUUUCUAAACCUGCCAUGACCAGAAACAGGUAGUUUUGUGAGUCUGUAUAAAUUUGAAUAAAUGAAAUAAUAAAUUGGUCGAUAUAUAUUUAUAUAAUACCCCAAUAUAUAUUAUUCAACUAAAAAAAAAGAAAAACAAACAAAGCUGCCUAAAAACUGCCCAUCCUCGACGUUUUUUCUAAUUUCCCAAUUAACCGCUUCAUUAUUAUUAAAAGAAGUUAUAAUAAAAAUAAACUCUAAUCAAAAUAAGCGUGGACAUAAAAUUUUUAUUCGUGAAAAGUUGUUGUUAUUUAAAGAAGUAGAAGAAAACAAAACAAACACAAAAAAAAUGUAGUAGGAACUUUUUAACAAAUUGAAAAUAAAGACUUAUUUAAAAAUUGCGUGAAAGUGAAACAGUAAUAAUUGUGUAUAAGACAAGGAACAGUGAGAAAGUGGUGCGAGAAUUAGCUAGGCUGUAAGGAUAUUUUGUUAUAUUUGUACAAAUUUCAACCUGAACUGGAUCUUUCGGGUUCGACACAAUCUUUGACGUUUCAUUUCAUCGAAGCAUAAACCAUAAUACAAAAAGUUCUAUUUAUUAUUAUGAAAACGACAAAAACAUAUCCACUGUGUCAAUUUUAUAUGUAUUCCAUUUUAUCAGCUCAAACAAUAAAUGUUGCUUGUUGUAUUAUGAAUUAUACAAAUUCAAGUCUCUAAAUGUCAAUUUUACUUCUGAAUUUAUUGUUUGUGAACCAGUGUUCAUAAAGUAGAAACAGAUUUAUCGAGGGGUAAACCACAGGUCAAAAAUUGUACACCUAAUUUUAUUCCUCGGCAAUUCCGUUAAACCUGUAAAUUUUUCGCAAUUCUUUACCUUUGUACACCUCUGUGGUUUACCCCUCGAGAUUUAUCAACAUGACAUUUGGGAACGUCAUUAAGGGUUACGGUCUAAAAUUAACCAAUCUCACAACUUAAAUCGUAUGUCAAUUGCAUACAUUCUUAGUAGUAAACUUAUUUUUCUGGAUCUACCAACAAAUUGUGUUGUAUACCACUGUACUUAAAUCUAAACACAAGUUGAUGGACAUGUGUAAUUUUAUGUGAAAUCUGUAUCAAACACAUUGAUAGAUACGAAAAAAUAAUGGAAAAUAUUCAGAAAUUUGUAAUUAUAAAUCAAUUUAAAUUUUUCGAAACGGCAGUACACUACUCUCAUUUACUGAUUUACCUUAAUUUUAAACGUAAUAAUUGAUAGACAUACAUGUAUUGUCAAUUCUGCUUUGAACAUUUGCUACUGUAAUUUCCAGAUUUCACCCGAUAUUAUUUGGAAAAACUAGUUAUAACUAGAAUUAAAUAUUAUUUUUAGUUGAUUCUAGUGCUGAUUAAACAUAUUUUGAUUAAAACAAAACUAGUAUUGCUAUAAUCCAUUGAGCAAAUUAUAGCUUUGGUUUUCUGCGGAUUAAAUCUGCAUAUAGAACAGACAUACUUGCCAUAAAGGAAUUCCACCCAUUACAUUGUGUGUUCAUAUAAAAAUAGCAUCUAGACUUGAGGUGUACACUGAGCAAGAUGGCUCUGUAGCAACGCAUCUGCCUCGCAUUCAAGUCAAUGCCCAUUGCCGCCAGGCAAAUGCUGGGUCAGUAACGUCCUUACCAUUCUUUACACCUAACCUCGAAUACCCCAGAUCUCUGAUCACUCCACUGCAACUGAAGAGACGGCUUGUAAAAGCCUAUAGUGGCCCGGAAAAUAGUUCCUUUGCCGUUUCCCCUGAAAAUGGGCAAGUUUCUGUUUAAAAUAUCGAAUCGUGGUGUGAAAGAAAAUUGAGGCAUAUACAUCACCAUCACGUUGGUACUGUAAAGAAAAAGCCUUUGUAGGUCCUAGAUGGGAAAUGUAUAGAGGAAGACUGAAUUAAAAUAAAAAAUUUGAGGCAAAUAAGGAAAAUAUGAAUUAAACAGGUGCAUAUAAUAUGAUACACUUUUUUCCAGUAAUGCCAUCUGGCAGUCCCGAUAAAGUGCUAGUAUUUUAAGAGGUGAAGUUUUAGUAUAUAAACUCAAUAAACACCAAUGUGAUUCCUGCACUUCCAUACAACUAUGGGCGUCUAUAAAAGAUUUCUCCGCCCAAAAACAGAAGAUUUUAGGUUGUAUUACAUUUUUAGGUUUAGCUAAGAUUAUCAGACAUUUCCAGUUUUACCUAGUCAAAUAUACGGUGUCUCCAGAUGGACUGAAAAUGAGGUGGAAAAACGGUUUUUUUAUUUUAACCUUUUUGAACAAUGUAAGUGUAGAGACAUCGUUCUGGUCCACGUCGUUGAAGGCUGAUCACAGUGAGAAUUCUUGCUAUGACUUCACAGCUCGAGUGUAUAGCAUGCUUUAAAUGUUCAUACAUACAUCAUCACAUACUGUUUGACGAUUUAUUUUCAAUUUAAUUUAAAAACUGUUUUAAUGUUGCUAUUAAAUAACUAAUUAUUCUAAUCACUUUAAGUUGAAAUUCAGUUUUUGACGACAGAAUGAUAGAAAACGUCUUAGUUCGAAAGUUUCACCAAGACAACAAAAUUUAAUGUAAAAUUUUAUCGCAAACAAGAAAAAAUGCAGUUAGUUAAAUUUGUCUGAUAUUUUUCUGCUCCAUAACUGCUCAAUCUCUUGAAAAGUCAAAGCUGAAAAGUUAGCUUGAACAUAAAUACGUUCAAGUAUACGAAAUUGAUCACUUCCAUCUUUAAGCAGACUUUGCUUACAGUGCCCAGAAAUUCUAAGAAUCCCACCAUCCGGCAGCUCAAGUUUCUUUUAUCAGCAUACAUGUGUUAACAAUGACUAUUUUUAACAUUUUUUAGUCUGAUGUUAGCUUUCAAUUAAUAAAGACAUAAUUAUAACUCUGUUUAAAUAAAAAAUAUUUUUUUAAAAAACGAUUUUUCAAAUCGUGUUAUAUUUUUCGCGGGUUUCGGAUUAAACAUUUUAUGAGUAUUUCCAGGUAAGUACCCGAAAGUUUGACCUGUUCUUUGGGGAAAUAUCAACUGGUUAAAUGAAAUGGAAAAAUAAUGUACAACUUUUUAAUUAAAUAAUAAUGGAGAAUCUUUUGUAUAAUUGAGAGCAGAAUUAAACUUCUUCAUUAAUGGAGUCUAAUGUGGCUAUUAUAAACCUAAUAAUAAUUUUAUAUUACACUUCACAGAGAAAAUACAAAUUUAGUACCUACCCUAAUGUUAUUUUAAUUUAAAUCUGACCAUUAGGGCAAUUUUACCUAAUUUCUUGGGAAGAGGCUUAUUGGAACUGGUUGUCAAUGACUAAUUUGCAUAAUUUUGUUAAUCCGAAACCCGCGUAAGUAUAGCGAACAGACUGUAGGUUCCUAUUGCCUUAUCAGUACACAUACCUCCCAUUAAUUUCUUGAUCUAUUCAAAUAUUUGCAAUUUAAGGACCUAUUUUUCAAGAGUUGAAACUAAUAUCACAUAAUAAAAAUGAACCGAGAUUCAACAUUAUUAUUUAAGUUGGUUGUUUGAUAGGUUGGUACAUCUGAACUUUAAGAUAAAAUUGGAUGAAAAAUAGAACGUUAAUAUUUAUCGUGAAUAAAUUAAUGAAUUGUUUCAUGU